AUGCGGACGGUUCAUUAUCGCUGCGGCCGUAACCGGACGGUGUGCACUUACAAGCGCGCGCUGACGUCCAACUUGACACCGUGCACUGACUUCUGUCGUAAGUCAGCUGCUGAUCUAAAAAAGUGUUAUAAGGGUCAUUUGGGACUUAUUUGUUCGUAUUACGAUGACGUCUACGAAACAGUUUUGCUGCCAAACCGUAUCGCACUCCAUGCAUGCCCCCCACACGUGGUCGUACCCAGUACCGACCACGGUAAGGCACCGUACCACGGUUGGUACACCACCGAUGACAACGCGUUUUGGCGUACCCGCUCGGUAAAACCACAGGACACGACAACAUUAUAA